ACUCAUCAAGCAGGGGAUGGACUCCCAGGACAACUCCCUGCUUGCCAUGCUGAUGGAAGAAAUCACCGCUCUUUACUCUCAACCAUGGCUUUGUGCCAGCCUGCAGUGAGAACACAGGUGGAAGCAGAAAGCAGGGCAUAGCUUCUGUAGUGAUCCUGAGUUGAAAGGUAGAAGUCUCAUUUAUUUUGUGCAAGGAGCCCUCCCUGCUACCUACUCGGUGCUGGGCCUCAGACAAGAAGCUGGAGAGCACCGCUAGCUGCCCGAACCCCCCUCCGGCAGCAACAGCCUCGCGCCAGCCAUGACGGGGCAGGACUUGGAUGGAUGCGUCCUGAGAGACCGGCAGGAGCUGGGCCCACAGAGCAGCCUAGAGGCAAGACAGCAUUGGAGCUUCCUCCUGGAGAAGGAUGUGUCUGGGCACGGGUGGUGUGCAGGGAAGGUGUGUUGCGGGGCUGGCAGACAGGGCUCUAACUCUCAUCUCCAUGCUGGAUAGAGCUGCUGGGGUCAGAGCCAGUCCUGUGUGGCAGAAUCUCACAGCUGUUGCCCAGCCUUAAGAAGGUCUGCUCUGCUCCAAACCCCACCUCAACCCUUGCUCUAUCGUGCAUCCCUUGGCUGCUGACCUAGGCUCAGAAGAUGGAUGGUCCAGAGAUGAGCUGGCUGGCGAAUCACUCCCUUCCCCUUCCACUGGGCUCUGCUCAAUAUCCUGAGCUCAGGCUUGACCUGCUCGACAGGAAAGGUUCCUGCCUGCAACUUGUUGCCACGAGGAAUGUGAACAUCAUCCUGCAGCACUACAACUUCACAGGCAAGCUGACCAACCGGCAGUCUGGGGAUGAGGGCAUGGGUCUCAUCCACACAACCUUUGCCAUUAUUAGCUGCAUCAUCAUCCUGGAGAACCUGCUUGUGCUGCUGGCCAUCCUGCGGUGUCUGCGAGCCCGCCGCUGGGUCUACUCCUGCAUUGCCAGCAUCACCGUGAGCGACCUGCUUGCAGGGAUUGCCUACCUUUCUAAUCUCUGCCUCUCAGGCAAGAAGACCUUCCAGCUUUCACCUCAGCUCUGGUUCCUGCGGGAAGGCAUUCUCUUCAUUGCUCUGGCUGCCUCCACCUUCAGCUUGCUUGUGACUGCCAUCGAGCGCUACAGUGCCAUGGUAAGGCCGAUUGCUGAGAAUGAAGCCAGCAAGACCCUACGCUUACGCAGCCUGAUAAUUUCCUGCUGGCUGCUGGCCUUCAUCAUUGGACUGCUUCCACUGCUGGGCUGGAACUGUCUGUGCGACUUCAAUGCCUGCUCUGUCCUCCUGCCUCUCUACUCCAAGAACUACAUCCUUUUCUCCGUAGUCAUGUUCAGCAUCAUCCUCCUGGGGAUCAUUGGCCUCUACAUCUCCAUCUUCCAGCUGGUCCAGGCCAGUUCUAAGCAAACCAGUUCUCGGCACAGCCGCAAACGGUCCCUGCGCUUGCUCAAGACUGUGCUGAUGAUCCUGGGUGCCUUCAUUCUCUGCUGGAGCCCGCUCUUUGUCCUGUUGCUCUUUGAUGUCUUCUGUGAGACCCAGUCCUGCACACACCUCCACAGCCUGGACUGGACCUUGGCUCUGGCCAUGCUUAACUCAGGUGUCAACCCCAUCAUUUACUCCCUCCGGAGCGUGGAGGUGCGCCGUGCUGUGGGAAGCCUCCUGUGUUGCUGCUGUGUCAGGGUUGGGCUUUGCAAGCCUGGGAACUGCUUGGUCAUCACAGACAUCAACUCUGGCUCAUCCACAGAGAGCUCCCUGCGCUACCGGGAGAGCUUCCGCAGCUCUGUAGCACUGAACGCCCGGCCCAGAGCACCUCUCUCCAGCAACUCCAGUAUGAUGAGCAAUCUCCCCAGCCUCUGAGGGGCCAUGGGGAGAGCAAGAGAUGCCAGACAGCCCACCAGGACCUCAUGCUGCUGGUCCUGGCCUUGGCAGAACUGUAGCCUAUGUGCAGCUCAGGCUGAUCAGGUGCAGUCCCACCCACAGCGGCUAACUGUAGCCAGGCUUUCCAGUCCCCUCAGACUGGGAUGUUGCUUCAGUGUGAAUGCAGCAUGGGGACAGGCAUUGCUCCUAGUGUGGGAGUGAAGGAUAUGGGCAUGUUUUGGGAUAGAUGCUCUGCUGAGGCAGCUGCUGUGCCUACGUUAUAAGUGGACCCUGUUCUGUGUGUGCAUGUAUAUAGAUGCUGUACCUGCCCAGAUGAGGGUAUUUUGCCCCAGGGCACAGUGAGGAAUAGGGUGGGUAUCCCCCACCAGACUGCCCUCCAAUGCCUUGGGAUUAGGCUGGGCUGGCAGUGCUGCCACUGCAUGUCAUGCAGGGCUGGAGGCGA